AUGAAAGUGGUGGCAUGUACAUGGAUGCUACUCUCUAUGUACCUUUUGGGGCAUUAUCUCAUAGUUUACGGAGAAGCUGAUGAGGGUCAAGUCCUCGAUAAAUUUCUCAACUCUCGCUUGUCGAAAAAACCAUCUCAGAUUAUGCGUUUUUCGGCAUGGUUUGAUGUAAACACCGAUAGCAUCCAGGCUCAAGAUGGAUCCAUCGAGACUGAUAAAAUCAGUGCAUUGCCGGGACAACCCGACGGUGUCGAUUUCAACCAUUAUUCAGGAUAUGUCACUGUUGAUUCCAAGGCUGGUAGAGCUCUUUUCUACUAUUUUGCCGAGUCCCCCGAGAACUCUUCCACAAAUCCUUUGGACCGGCAUGUUCUUCGUUAA